AUGUCGACCGCACCUGAGGACGCCGAGGCCGCAGCUGCCGCCGCCGCCGCCGCCGCAAGGUCCUUCAACAUUGAAUUAUGGACGCUCUACGCGGUUGGAAUCUGCGCGACGGCCCUUAGAACCUACGCGCGAGUGAGGGCAGUGGGGAUCAAGUCCUUCCAGGCCGACGAUUACCUUGUUUGGGUUGGCGCUAUCAUCUAUUCCAUUCAGUCGGCACUCGCCUACAACGUUGGCCAUCUAGCUCAUGGCCUAGCAAACAACGGGAUGACGGACGCCGAACGAGCCGCACUAUCGCCCAACGAUCCCGAAUAUGAAAUGAGGGUCCUCGGGUCGAAGAUCCAAGUCGCUGGAUGGACCACUUAUUCGGCGCUACUUUGGUCACUCAAGAUGGCCAUGUUGGUGUUUUAUAUCCGACUGACGCAAGGUCUUGGCCGGCGUUUUAAAAUUCGUAUCACCGUUGGAUUCGCUCUCGUCAUCGGAACUUUUCUUGCAUCCAUUUUAACGGUUUUCAUUGCGUGCCGACCGUUCAACAAAUACUGGCAGAUCAACCCAGACCCAGGCAAUGUCUGCCAGGCUGCCAUCUCUAGACCCAUCAUCUGGGUUUCCUUCGCUUCUAAUGUCUUGACUGAUAUCUAUCUUAUCCUGAUUCCACUUCCCAUGCUCUGGCAAUCGACCCUAAAACCCCUCAAGAAGAUUGCGUCGACCAUCGUGCUCGGUGCUGGAAUCUUCGUCCUCGUCUGCGCUACUCUUAAGAGCGUCUUCGUCCUGGUGGACCCUAUCAACGGCGCACAGCUUGCCGGUUCCUGGGGUACUAAAGAGGCCUUCGUCGCAGUGAUCACGACCAAUCUGCCGAUGAUCUUCCCGCUCCUUCGAUCCUGGUUCAACCCCAUAUUCGGAAGUACGACGCGCUCGACGCCGAAAAAUUAUCCGCUCCAUUCCCCCUUCCAAACCAUCGGAGGCACCGGUGGCGAUUCCCGGUCUCGUCGAGGACCCCGCAGUACAAACCCAAUCACGGCGAACAUGACGUUCAGCGAGAGCGAGGAACGGAUGGUAGAAGAGGGCAACAUGUACAGCAUGAAGGUGUUUUCCGAAACACCCAGGUCCGACACCCGUCCCCCAAAAGGUAUUGUGGUUAUGAAUGAAGUUCAGGUUGUUCGGGAGGAUAGGAGUCCCGAUAGGAGUCACUCAACGAAGCCGCCGUCCUAUUGA